AUGGAGAAAGAGUCGGUGGCGGGAAGUGACGACCGGGUCGACCGCCGUCCGGUGACUUUCGGUGCUCUUCGAGCCCUUGAGGAUGAGAUCCUUCGUGAUCGGAGCUCCGCUGAGCGUCAUGCUGAAGUAGCAUAUCGCUAUGCGGACGCUCUUGAUGAUUCGGAGCGCAUCGUGCGCCGGCUGCCUCGCCUUGAGGACUACCGCACUCUAUCAGAGCGACUUCAAGCCGCGGAGAAGGCGAAUGCAUCGCUGCAGGCAACGGUCGAGCGCUUAGCUCCAUUGGAGAUGGAGGUUGUUGCACUCCGUACUCAAAACCAGUCGCUGGUUUGGGUGGUCGAGGGCCCGUGA